AUGGUAUGCUACGGGGUCACAAUUAUUUUGGUGGGGACCCUGGGGUCCCUCCUGGUGGGUGCCUUCCCCCAGGUCACCCCGAAGAAGAGCUGCAGCCUCUCCAAGUACCAGUUCCCUGCACCUUUGGAGUUGAAGGCAGUGUGGAGGAUGAAGGAGCAGUUUGAAGACAUCAUGCUGUUAACAAACAGAAAAUGCAACACCAGACUCUUCCAUCGGAAGUGGGACAUAGCUGAGCUGUCGGUACCUGACCGAAUCACCCUGGUGGAGGCUGAGCUGGACCUCACCAUCACCGUGCUCACAAACCCCACAACCCAGAGACUGGCAGAGACGUGCCAACAGCCCCUGGCCUUCCUUACCCAAGUCCAGGAGGACCUGCGAGACUGCUUGGCCCUCGAGGCACCUUCACAUCAGCCCUCUGGGAAACUGAGGCACUGGCUGCAGAAGCUGGAGACAGCCAAGAAGAAGGAGACCGCCGGCUGCCUGGAGGCCUCAGCCAUCCUCCACAUCUUCCAAGUACUGAACGACCUGCGGUGCGCAGCCCAGCGCGAGGAUUGCACUUAG